UACUUGCUAAGCAGUCGACCAAUCACUUGAAUCGUGAAAGAAAUCAAAACCUUGUACCGCUUUCAAUUUUUCAAUAAAAGCAUUAUUUUAAAGCGAAAAGAUGACAUUUCCAACCGUACUUCAGUGCUGUUGUUGUAUUGAUUUAAGAGUUGGUGGAUUAAUAAUCGGGUGGUUGGGUAUAAUUUGUACUUUUAUUUCCUUAAUUUGGGGCAUAGCGAAUGGACAAGCAGCAGUAGCAGCAGCUUCAUUUAUUAUUGCGAAUAUUUCAAACGUCUGUUGGCUUUAUGGAAUUUUUAAGAAUAAGUCGGCCUUUAUGCUCCCAGCCGUUAUUCUAACUGGGCUAGGAGUCAUUUUGCUGUACAUGUACUCAAUUUUGUUAAUUUACAACAUAAUUGUAAUCUUCAAGAACAUCGGCCUUGUUGACAUUCCCAUUUUCACACUUUUGAGUAUUUUGUUGGUUAUUUAUUUCAUAAUUUCAGUUUUUGCUACGUACUUGUUUAUCGUAAUACGUUCCAUCUACCUUAAAAUCAAAGACGAUGCAUCAGCUACAAACACAAGACAUACAUCGCCAGCUUGAAUGAUCAAAUAAUAGAUUUGUUUGCCAUAUUAUAUUUAGAUUCAAUGAAAUUAUAAUCGAAUCGUUAACGAAAUUUAAUUUAAGGUGUGAAUGUGAAUAAGAUUUUUGAUUCGUUCGACAUUUAAGCAUAUAUUACAUAAAAAAUGGUUUUUUUAACGAGGUCCCUUGGGCCUCUCUUUCUCUAAAACUGUAUUAUUCAGCCAGCUCUUGGCGGUGAUUAAUAAAUAAAUAAAAAUUUGAAAAUUAUCAAAA